AUGGCCUGCACUGCGACUGGACUAGAAUUUCCGUACAGGAUGUGCCCAACUGUUGACUCGACGCGGGCCAUGGACUACCACUGGUUGUUGUGGCGUUACAUGGGUCUUAAUCCGCCAAACUUGGAUGAUGGGUUACUGAUGCGAUUGUACAAUGUGCACAGGAUUGUUUGGAAUUUCCUAUUCGCCGUCUGCUUUCCACUGACAAUACUCAUAAAUUGUUUUGUGUCCGAAUCCUUCAUGGAGCUCUGCGAGAAUCUCUUUGUGGCCCUGCCAGACUCAUUUGCAAUUAUCAAAUACGCCAACUUGUGGCGGGUGCGUGGCCAAUUAAAGCAGGUGCAUCAAAUCCUGCGUCGACUGGACGGUCGUCUGCAUACGUUGGAGGAGCAGGCAAUCAUUUUGAGCGCCGAACGUCAGUGUAAGCGAAUCUUCAAGGCGGUAAUAAUUCUAUUUACUGAAAUACUUUUCAAUGCGGGAUUGGUCGUUUAUUGGUCGCCCACCCGUCAAUUGCUAUUUCCGUCCUGGUUCCCCUGGAACUGGUGGGAGACUCGGCAGCGUUUUAUGGCAACUCUGCUGCUCCAGUUGGUGGGCCUCUUGAUGCACGCCCUGAUUGUGGCGGGCAAUGAUACGAAUCCGCAGGCAUAUCUCACUAUGGUGGCCGCACACAUCAAAGCCCUCUCCAUGCGUAUCAGUAGCUUGGGGCAUGAAGUUGGCCAGAGCCAGGAGCAGGUCUAUCUUUCGCUGAGAGACUGUAUUGAGGAUCACAUAAUCAUUUUAGAAUUGAUGGAUACUCUGGAUAAAUCGCUUUCGCUGGCCUGUUUCUUUCAGUUCUUCUGCACGGCCAUGUCUCAGUGCGCCCUGGGUGUAUUCAUCUUCUAUAUCGACCUGAGUCCGUCUAAAACGGUGUUUCUCUUAUUUAUGUUUUUGGCCCUCACAAUGGAGACUUUGAUAAUUUGCUAUGCCGCCGAGUUGGUCUUCUACGAGGGCGAGCAGCUCACCAUCGCCAUUUACUCAUGCAAUUGGGUGGACCAGCAUCUGAAAUUUCGACGGGCAUUGCUUUUAAUGUUGCAGCGAUCCCAGAAAAUUAGGGUGGUUGUGGCGGCCAACUUUAUACCGGUACGAAUGGCUACCCUGUUGGCGGUGUUUAGGGGAGCCUAUUCGAUGUUUACACUGCUACGAAACGUAAACAUGAGGGAAUAA